UUACAAAACUUUGUCCGAGAUGAAAUUGUUCAUAAUACUGACAUUGGCAAGUUAUGCCUUCUCUGCUACUAUAAGUGACCAUCAACUUGGAGUAGAAUGGGAAAAUUUCAAAAAAGAAAACGAUCGAAAAUAUCUCGGCGCUGAAGAAGAAGCGUUUCGUAAAGACCUUUUUGCAAAAACCUUAAAAUUCGUUCAAGAACAUAACGCAAGAUACGACCAAGGACUUGAACAGUUCACACUAGGCAUUACUAGUCUUGCUGACUUUACAGAUGAGGAAAAAGAAAGAGUUAUCUCGUGUUCACGUCCAACAGAUAUGUCCAUGUUGUCUAACGAAAAUGUCCGUGAUUUUAGUCAUAUUAACAUCACGGAUAUACCAAAAGCAAUUGACUGGAGAGCACUAGGAUUUAUGUCGAAAGUCAAAAAUCAAAACAAAUGUGGUUCUUGCUGGUCAUUUUCAGCUAUUGGUUCAACGGAAGCUCGCUUAAAUAUAAAAAGUAAGACUUCGAAACUGCCGACACUUAGCGAACAACAAAUUCUUGAUUGUGCACCUACCGGUGAUUGCAAUGGUGGUUUCGCCCGAGAAGCAUUAAAAUACCUUGCGUUGAAUGGGGGCAUCAACAGCGAUUCUAACUACAAAAUUUGUAGCUAAGACAAACAAAGAAUGUCGUUAUGAUAAAACAAAAUCUGUCGCAAAACUUACUGGAUACGGAUACGUUAGUGAUGAUGUUACACAGAAAGAAUACAUUUUAGCCAAAUUAGUAGCCACUGAGGGCCCUGUUAGUGCAGCAAUUUAUAUUAGCAAAAAUGAUUUGAACUAUUUUGGUAAUUGGAAAAGUACUGACAUUUAUGAAACUAAAGACUGUGCUCAAUCAAUAACCAAAAACAUGCUCAAUCAUGAAAUUGUUGUUGCUGGUUACGGCAGCUUAAAUGGAAAAGACUAUUGGUUAAUUAAAAAUUCAUAUGGUGAAAAUUGGGGAGAUAAAGGAUAUAUGAAACUACUACGUAAUGGACCCACGCACUG